GGUAUACGAGACAUAACUGAAGACGACGAAACGCGGCUCACACCCACACCCACAUCCACACCUACACCAACACUUACACACGUGACCUAUAAACCAAGAUAAGAUGAAAGAGCUCUAUGAUGCAAUUUAUUCUAUGCUUCUUGAUUCUUCUCCUCCCCAGUAUCUCUAGUUCUUGUUCUUGUACUGUACUGUACUAUACAGUGGCAGUGCAUUGCAUUGCAUUGGCCAAAGCAGCGAGGUGUCUAAUAAGAGGGUCAAAGUUUUUUUUAAAAGUGCCAGGAAACAAAAAAGGGGUAAACCAGCAAAACAGCAGCAGUAGGAAGAGUAGGCAGCACCGCUGUCAACAUCAACAUCAUCAACAACGACAGAAAGACAUCCCUCUACCCUCCUCUCUCUCGUGUCUAUGGUCAAGAGUGAAGAAAAAAGAGAGAAGAGGGAGAGCAAAAACUAGUAUCCGCAACAAGUCUAAGUGCGUGAGCGUGAGCGUGAGCGUGAGAGAGUUCGAGAGAGUGUGUAUGUGCUGGUUUUGUGUGUAUGUGUGUUCUGUUUUUGUUUCUGUAUCGUUGACGACAGCGAACCGAACGAACAGCAACAACCACCUCCCGCCAGAUGUAAAAAUAAAAAAAAACCCUCCAUUGACUAAUAUACACCUCCCCUUCUUGUCCCCGCAACAUGCUUUCUUUUAACCAAUGACCAGCUUGUCGUCGUCGGAAAAGUCGUACGCCGGGAUCUCGAGGUUCAGCGGCGCGGGUCCUUUCCUUAUGCGGCCGGAGAUGUCGUAGUGGGAGCCGUGGCACGGGCAGAACCAACCUCCGUAGUCGCCGGCCUCGCCGAUGGGUACACAUCCCAAGUGUGUGCACACGCCUGGUCAAAGGUGUCAGCAACUCUCGUGUCCGGUUCUCGGGACUCCUCCCUCGGUUCUCUUUUUCAGGCUAGCUGUCUCGGAAGCCUCGGGGAUCGUAAAGAGCUCCAGCACAAACACAAA